AUGGUAAAUGCGGUGGGAACCACCAAACGUUUCUGUGUUGUCUGUUAGACUAAUGCGACGGAGCAGUUCAUAACUAAGUUUAGAAGAUACUACUGUGCGUUUUAUUUAUAUCUAAUGUGAAUAUUCUCCAGAGUAUGCGAGGAAAAUGCCCUGAAAAACGAGGAGAGCUCAUCGCUAACGGGAGGUGACCUUCCGUAAAAGAGGACGCUAAAUUUCACGUAAUUAUUAAAUUUACUGUACAAAAUAUACAUUUAAAAAUAUAUUGAAAUGGGUUCGAAAACAGCUUCUAAGACGGGUAAAGGGAGUGGAAAGCAGAAUUCGGGAAGAAUGCCUACUGCAAAGGGACAACAGCGACAAAAAGAGAAAGAUUCUCAAGAACAGGAGGUGGUGCAUCGAACAGACUUGUCUGUUCUGAGGCAACCAAUAAACAUAAGCGUUAGACGAGUUUGCGACAUUGUUAAAAUGUAUCAGACAUGUACUUCUGAGCUGAAACAACUUUUGGACAAUGAAGUGGAGAUUGUGUAUGAGUGUAAAGUGUGCCGCAAUUUAUUUAGAAGCAUGGCCAAUAUUAUAUCUCACAAGCGAGUGUACUGCAGACAGCAAUACAGUGAAGCUUAUUACUCCUUUAACAAAAGACAUACGAUGGAUGAUUACACUGUGAUAAUACAGCCAGAACCAGUUGUUACAGCAUCUUCUGAAAAAGAAAGUUGGAGUACAAGUGACAAAGCACCUUCUCAUGAGAGUAAUAAUGAGGUUGUGGCAUUGAGAGACAUAAAAGCUACAGUGCCUCGUAUUGUCAGUUCUUCAAAACCUAAGAAGGAUUUAACUCAAAUAAUAGAAGAACUUUCUGAUAAGAAAGGAAUUAAAAAUUUUAAGGAAACUGUUGCCCAUUAUUCAGCUUCCAGCCUAUAUGAAGAUAUUAACAGAAGUCUCAUUUCAAGAGCUCAGCAACGCAAGCAGCAUGCUAUUCACCUGGAACCAACUGGAAGCUCGUCUGGUGUAUUCCAGACCAAAUUACAUGCUACAACAUCCACAACUAUACAAGCAGAAAAUAUUGAUCUCAUGAAAGCUCAGGUAAUUGAACUGCAGCAAAUGGUGCGUGAAACUGAAGCUGUUUUGGAUGAAGAAGGGAGGAUUGUGCAGAUAAAGGGAUCCUGUAAUGGGCCAGCAGCAUCUCCUAGCAAAGAAACAACUGCUGUUUUAAGUCCAACUAAUAGCACACCUGAAACAAAAGACACUCAUGUUUGCUCUCAGUGUGGCUCAAGAUUUUCUACUCGAAAAACACUUGCACACCACAUGAAGUCCUUGCAUACUGCAUACAGAUUAUGUUAUCCGUGCCCAUGUUGCAAGAACACUUUCAGCAACAAUUGGAGUGUCUAUCGACAUCUGUACAAGGUUCAUCGCAAAACAACAGCUCAAGUACGGAAACUGCGACCUCAGAUACAGAGUAAAGCUUUCAAGAGAGAAAUUGGUGUGGAGAAACUGUGCAGUGAUAGCAGCAGCACUGAUAAAGUUCCACCUACUGAGCAAGAAGCUGCUCGGAAAGAACAGAACCGAAUUGACCAAGAAAAUAAGGAGUGGAUGGACAACUUUGAGGACGAUCAAGAGCUACAAAGAUGUGGGGGCUGUGGCCGAAGGUUUGAACGUCGCGCAGCACUGACAUCUCAUUCCCAGAUUUGUCAAAAACGCAUAGCUGCCAGGAAAAUCAAAGUGCCAAAUAUGACACAAGCAUCUUCUGAGAAAUCUGCACCAAAAAGUGGUAAUACUGAUGCAACGAAACCUGUGACAUCCAACAGAGAGAAUGAGAGUAAAGCAGAGGCUGUUCCAGUUUCUGAGAAUGUUCAAAGAGCUCGUCACUCGAGUGGCAGCAAUUGGUCUGAUGCCCCUAAGAAAGAAGUCCUCGGUAAACGCAUAGAAAUCCAGAUUCGAAGAGACUACUGUAAAUUUGGUUCAAAUAUUCCUUCCUCUUCUCAGCAACAGAGCAAUAACUUCAGUAGGUCUGUGUCUCCAGAAAGCAUUCCGAACAUUUCACCACCAGUGAAAGAUGAAACAGAGUCCUUGCUAUCCGAAGCAGAAGUUGAUGAUGAAAAUGAUACAGAUUUCUCAAAAAAGAGGCAUUAUGUUUCUAGGCUAGAUGCAGCUGAGAGUCAAAUUACCGACACUGACAAGCUAGAAACUAAUCCUUCUGAAGCAUCCCAAGGAAAUACUGCCAAUUCUCCUGGAGAGACACAUAAGAGGAGUGCCACAGCAAGGUCAGCUCUCAGAUCCAAAAGACGACUUGCCAGCAUUGAUAAAGAACUGCCACAAAAUUGUGCUCUGAAGAAGAGAAGAGCUACAGUGGAUGAAGUAAGUGAUAAGGAAGGUAGUGCAUCUGAAACUAAUGAAAAUAGUGAAUAUCAUGAAAACAUCAAACACAGGGCUCAAAGAAGUUCUUCUGUGGAACAUUUUUCUCCAAUAAUGGAGAGAAAAAUGCAUUCUCUCAUAAAUUUAAAGCGACUACAGUGUUUGCCUUGUCAAAAGAAGUUCAACAAGUUGCCAAACUUGAGAAGACAUGUGGCUGUGCAUAUCGGAUGGAACAGAUAUCGCUGUCCCAUUUGUAACUAUAAAUGCUUUGCAAAGUGUGACUGUGUGCAUCAUGUGAUUAAAGUCCACGGUAAUGACAGAAGUGAAGCACUCGACAUGGUCCAGUUAAUUGAAUCUCAGGGCUCAGAUACAAGCUCGAAUGACAAGUCUCCAGUGCUUAGCUCGGCAGCCAAGACUGGGAAGAUUAAAAAGGAGGCUGCAGUAGACACAAAUUUCAAUAGAGAUUUGACUGAAGCAGAUGCAGAAUGUGAAACUCUGGCUACUACAAAUGGAGUCAGUGUGUCAUAUAUAAUAGAUAAUGCAGACCCUCAGAGUUGUUCGACUGAAGAAGAUAGGAUUCAAGUUUUUCUUUUUGAUGGUGAGAGUGCAAACAAGGAUAGUGAUUUGGCAGAUCCAAAUUCACCAUUGAACUGCUUAGGUGACGCUGAUCUCGAUGACUCGGAGGUGUCUUACAUAGUUCCUGAAGGAGAACCAGUAAUACACAGUUUGGAAAAUAACUGCAACGAAACUGUUCUGAACUUUAUCGAUGAAAAUUUUCAUACUCAGGCACCCAGCAUAAAUGGAGACAGAGAAGAUGAUAGAGAUCAGGAAGAUCAACCAGAAACAGAUUAUUCAAGAUCAGAUUUUGAAAAUGACAGUGAUGUACCAAGGAGUCCAGAGAGUACAGCAAGCACAGAUUCAAAGAAGAAUGCAUUACGUCGGAUGGUGAUGGAAGUGAUAUUUGGUUCAGCAUCUGCCAGCCAAAUGGAGCCACAGUUAGCUGUUUCAAAUGGCUUUCGCAGUAGUCCAGACAGCCCAGAUGAUGAUUCUCAAGACAGCAGAGAAGACAGUAUGGAAGGUAGCACAGGAAAUGGCCAAGAGGGCAUGCCAGAAGGUGAUAGAGUGGGCAGUCCACGAGGAGAUAGAGAUGGCAGUCUGGAUGACCUUCCAGAAGAUGGCCCACAGGAAAAUUCAGAGUGUCCAGAGGAUGCUCCAGAAGGUAGUUCUGAUGAGAGAGUCACACUGCCUGAGGAAGAACAGGCUGGAGAAAUGGUAGUGGUUCACAGUGAUAGCAGUAGCCAGUGCAGUAAUCGAUCAGGUGUUGAACGGCGCAAGCAGCCUGUAAGAACGAGAAUGUUUGUGCGACGUGAUGACUUCAUCUAUGACGGCCCCUCGGGCAGUGGUGCGACAGUCUCAAAGAAAGUAGUCAAGUCUCAGUCACAGCAGCAAGUUGAUGACUCAGCAGUGGACAGAGUGCCAAAGAUGACUCUUGUGAGAGUGGGUGGGAGUGUAUCCAGUACUGAGACAAGUAGUGCAUCCAGUACAAGUGCAUGGCGUACCUCAAUAAUGGCUGUGACAGAAAACCGUACAGCUGCCAACACUAGCAGAACGAGUGUGAACUUACCUCCACGGAAAGCUGCAAAAGUGUCAGAGUCUCUUGAGAAAAACAGUUUAAAGUAAGGAAUCUUACAGAAAGACAGAGAGAAAAAUAUGAUAACCUCAUUUGCAAAAUGGUGUAAGUAGGACACUUGUUCCUUUGCACCAUUUUUUCCAUCUAUAUCAGGUAUUCAGUUCAAAUUUUAUGUUUCACUUGAAAUGAGAACAUUUUCUACUGUAAAUGCUGAAGAUAGCUAUAACUGGGUAAGCUGAGAAAUGUAGUUUUACGACAUUUGUAACGAUGCUGCGUUAUGUGCUGUGAAAUUGUAAGAGAAAAGGCCAGGUGCCUCUAUUCCUGUUCCUUGUACCUGUGUACAUAAUUGGUGCUCAGUGUCCAGUGUGCCAUGUGCUACCAAGAGUUGUGGUCAAAUUGUAAAUUUUUAAUUUUAUUCAAUAUUCAAGGUAUUUUUUAAGUGAGUUGAGAGUGUAGACAAUUGUUCAAGACUAAGUGUGCCUGACUGCACAGCUGAUGAAGAGUCAUAUGAUGGGUGUUUUCUUAAAUGUUCUGUCUCGUGUUGUUGUUUCUGAAAAUCACAUCACUUAUUGUAAAUUUUGUAUUUUGAGUACACUCUUGUUGUCAGCAAUUGGUGUAUCAUUAACUGUCUUGAUUCUCUUUGUGUUAAUUCAGUUUCCUUGAAUUUUUAUGAUUGGUGUUUCACUUCAGAUGUUACGUAUGUGAUAAAUCAUUCAUCAAUAUUUUUAUACAAUAUUUUAAAAGGUUUCUGUAUUCUUCUUUGUACUGUGAGUUUCUGUGUUUGCAGUUUUCAUGAAUACAUCUUGUAAUUCAGUGGAAACGAGUGUCACAAUUUAUUUAAUUUUUUUUGUAUAUUAUGUUUAAUGCAGUCAUUUCUAUUUAAAGUCU